CUUGAGUGUCGCUUAGUUGAACUUCAAACAAGCUUGAUGCCUUAAAUUUAGCGGAACGCGAAAAAAAGUUUAAUUACCUUCAAUAGAAUUAAAAGUAAAAGAAAAAGAGAAACAAAGUAGAUCAAGAAAAAAAAAUUGCGCAAACUUGAAUUAAGCUUUGCUUACUGUACAUACUGGAAGGGAAAACAAAGUUGAAUUCAUGUCUCUAAAACAAACGUUUUUAAAUGGCCGGAAAAAUGUGCGAUACUAUCAAUCAAAACAUUGAGCCGUACACAGGAAAACUAACCAGCAAUUACUUCAAGCAAUUUGGAACGUUACUCAAUGUCGUCAACUUGAACUCUUCCGAUCGCAAUGACUUUUCAAGACUUCCAAUACCGCAGCAACCGCAAGCAAUAUCUAAUGGAGACGACACAAAUAUUUCAAUUGGCAUUUAUAGUGACGCAGAUUCUGAAAGUAUUGAUUACAUAAAUCCAAAUCUUGUGUGGGAUCGAGGAAAGCUUUCGAAUCAGGUUUCGACAUCAUACGAAGAUGAUUUGGUGUGUUUGAGGCGUUUGGAAAGUACAGUAACAAACUUAGAAUGUUUUCUUGAAUCAUUGCCCAAUCAAGAGACGUCACUAACAUCAAACCGAAGAAGUAUGAGUUUAAUUUGUCCGUCGCCACCACUCGACGACACAUUGAGCGAUGUUGAUUUGGAUAAAUUCGACAUUAAUAAAGUGCCAAUUCGAGAAAGUAUCAGCAGUGCCAUUGACAGAGCGGAAACCACUUCGCUGUCGGAUUUUCAUAAUGUUAAGGACGUAUUGAUGAAAAUAAAAGGGCGAUUGGAUUCGUAUCUGAGAGUAAGCAACAAUAGUAGCGAUAGCGAAAAUGCAAAUAAAGCGAAUUUAGAAGGAAAUAUUGCUGAACUGAAGAGAGAGUUGGAACGAUACGUUCAAAUAAUAAACGAGAAGAAAGAAAAUGAAUUGAGAAAGUUUUCAGAGAAUAUGAUCAACCAAUCGAAUAUAAUUCAAAUGAAAAAUGCUUUUUCCAGAAAGGAAAAGUUACAAACAAACAUUUAUGAAACUCUUGCGACGAAAUAUGCCAUAACUGAGAGUCGAUCAAAUAGCAGUGAUUCGACACAAUUUUACCCGAAGGAACGUGUUCAUGUUAAAGGUGGAUUUACAAUGCGAAAUUGUUAUGACAAUGAUUACAUGUAUUCAGCAUUUUCUGAUACAAGUUCAGUGGAAUAUUACACGAUGUUAAUUAAUGAAGAUAAAAGUGAGAAUCUCCUUGAUGAUGCGCCACUUCCGCGAUAUCAUCAUGAACGAGACAAUAUUUCUUUGAUUUUUCGUGACCCAGAGAACAUCAUUAAGCAAUGGCAACAUUUUCAGAGGAAAACAAUUAACAUUAAAUAUAAAACUCCGAAAUCAUUGAAAUUAAAAUGGAAAAAACGCUAUAAAAGCAAACCUCACGAUAUUUGGGGCUUCACAUUGGAUUAUCAUCAAAAUAAAACACUUCAAUUAAAGCUUGAAAAAGAAAGACGAUUACGUUUCAUUUGCCGAAUAUUCUUCUACUUCUUCAGCAUCAUCUGUUUCGUUCUCAUAGUCCUCAUUGUGCAAUCACUUUUCACCUUUGAGAAAAGUCAAACAAACUUUUAAGAAAAACAAUCAAAAUUUCUAUAAAGUAAUUUUUCUUUUAUUUAUGAUUACAAAAUUUAAAUUCUAAAAUUUUUCUCUCUAUUUUUAUCAUCAUCAUAAAUUUGUAAUCUUCAGUGUAUAAAAAAUAAUAAUUAAUUAAUUUAAAAUUUAAAUAAUUUAAAGACAACUAAAAUAAAACACAUGAAAUGUAAAAGUGAUGAAAAAAAUUCUGUUUUUUAAAUAUUUCUAUCAUUAUUCUAAAGGAAAUUAGGAAAAUACU